CCUUCACAGAAGGAGAGGCUGUCAUUCAACGAUUAGUGCCUUGAGCUAUCCAACCAACAACAUUUCAAGCCUGCUACCUUUCAACAAAUCACUUUUUUUUGUUUGUAAAUUAUUAUUAUUAUUAUUAUUUGUAGUUCAUUUCAGGAGGACCAUAAUGAACGUUUUAUAGCCGAAUACUGAAAACCGAGUGGAUUUUUACUGACCUCAAGAUGUCUAUACUGUCAUUCACUUUCCCGAUUGUGAAGAGGCUUUUAGGCUGGAAAAAGGGCGAACAGAUAAAUGGACAAGAGGAGAAAUGGUGCGAAAAGGCAGUGAAAAGUCUCGUAAAGAAAUUGAAGAAGACAGGACAGCUGGACGAGUUGGAGAAAGCCAUCACGACCCAGAAUAUCAACACCAAAUGCAUUACCAUACCAAGGUCUCUAGAUGGUCGUCUCCAGGUGUCCCAUCGCAAAGGCCUUCCCCAUGUCAUUUACUCUCGUCUGUGGCGUUGGCCAGACCUGCAGUCGCCCCACGAGCUCCGGGCCAUAGAGCUGUGUGAGUACGCCUUCCACACCAAGAAGGACGAGGUGUGUGUCAACCCCUACCAUUACCAACGCGUCGAGACACCAAUCCUCCCUCCUGUCCUGGUUCCUAGACAUACAGAAAUCCUUACAGAGUGUCCUAUUUUAGACGACUACAGCCAUUCUAUCCCUGAGAACACCAUCUUCCCCUCUGGCAUCGAGCCGCAGAGCAACUACAUCCCAGAGACCCCUCCUCCUGGGUAUCUGAGUGAGGAUGGAGAGGCUUGCGACCACCAUCUUAACAACCUGAUGAACACAGUAGGCUCACCUGGUAACCUGUCACUAGAAUCAGCCUCACCAACACACAGCACUAACCUGGACCUACAGCCGGUAACAUACUGUGAGUCAUCGUUCUGGUGCUCUAUGUCCUAUUAUGAGUUGAACCAGCGUGUGGGCGAGACCUUCCAUGCCUCCCAGCCCUCUCUCACUGUCGACGGGUUCACAGACCCCUCCAACUCAGAACGCUUCUGUCUGGGUCUACUGUCCAACGUCAACCGCAACGCUGCUGUGGAGCUCACACGCAGACACAUAGGCCGGGGUGUGAGGUUGUACUACAUCGGAGGAGAGGUGUUUGCAGAGUGUCUUAGUGACAGUGCCAUCUUUGUCCAGAGUCCCAACUGUAAUCAACGCUAUGGCUGGCACCCUGCCACUGUCUGCAAGGUCCCUCCAGGCUGUAACCUGAAGAUAUUCAAUAACCAGGAGUUUGCAGCUCUGCUGGCCCAGUCGGUGAACCAGGGCUUUGAGGCCGUCUACCAGCUCACCAGGAUGUGCACCAUACGCAUGAGCUUCGUGAAGGGCUGGGGCACCGAGUACCGGCAACAGACCGUAACCAGCACCCCUUGUUGGAUUGAGCUGCACCUCAAUGGCCCCCUCCAGUGGCUGGAUAAAGUACUGACACAGAUGGGCUCCCCCAGCAUCCGCUGUUCUAGUGUCUCCUAAAUACAGACAGAACGCAGACAGAACAGUCAUUCUGGAAAAGUACCUUUUCUCUCAUGGCUAACUAACUUACUAGGAAGUUUGAAAAGACAGGCUGAGUGGGCGGGGAAGUUAUAUUCAUGAUUUCGCCUUGACUGACAGCUCUUUGAAAGCCGAUGUCAAGCAACUUGGGUACAGUGAGCAGUGUUUUUUAUUUUACCUUUAUUUAACCAGGCAAGUCAGUUAAGAACAAAUUCUUAUUUUCAAUGACGGCCUGGGAACAGUGGGUUAACUGCCUGUUCAGGGGCAGAAAGACAGAUUUGUACCUUGGAUGUCAUAAGGUGAAUUCACCAAUUUGUAAGUCACUCUGGAUAAGAGCGUCUGCCAAAUGACUUAAAUGUAAAUGUUGUCAGCUCAGGGGUUUGAACUCGCAACCUUCCGGUUACUAGUCCAACACUCUAACCACUAGGCUACCCUGGGAGUGAAAUCAUCUCAAGCCAUUGUGGUGAUACACAAGGUAACUCAAACAGCAUUGAAAAUGCAUCAAUUAUGUCAACAACUAAAAUUCAUACAUCCACCAUUUGGCAUGUCCCUUGUGAUGCAGUUCACAGCAGCACUGACGGAUGUGUUGACAUGACAACUGCAUCUGAGUUUUGAACGACCCUUACCCUCCUUUUGUUCCAUGCUGGCUGAAGACCUAGCUAGCCAGUAACUAGGUAACACCAGGCAGAUGUAGACCUAGCUAGCCAGUAACUAGGUAACACCAGACAAAGACCUAGCUAGCCAGUAAUUAGCUAACAACAGACAUAAAGACCUAGCUAGCCAGUAACUAGCUAACACCAGACAGAUGUAGACCUAGCUAGCCAGUAACUAGCUAACACCAGACAUAAAGACCUAGCUAGCCAGUAACUAGGUAACACCAGACAUAAAGACCUAGCUAGCCAGUAACUAGGUAACACCAGACAAAGACCUAGCUAGCCAGUAAUUAGCUAACAACAGACAUAAAGACCUAGCUAGCCAGUAAUUAGCUAACAAAAGACAUAAAGACCUAGCUAGCCAGUAACUAGCUAACACCAGACAUAAAGCCCUAGCUAGCCAGUAACUAGGUAACACCAGACACAAAGACCUAGCUAGCCAGUCACUAGCUAACAACAGACAUAAAGCCCUAGCUAGCCAGUAACUAGCUAACACCAGACAUAAAGACCUAGCUAGCCAGUAACUAGGUAACAACAGACAUAAAGACCUAGCUAGCCAGUCACUAGCUAACACCAGACAAAGACCUAGCUAGCCAGUAACUAGGUAACACCAGACAUAAAGCCCUAGCUAGCCAGUAACUAGCUAGCCAGUAACUAGCUAACAACAGACAUAAAGACCUAGCUAGCCAGUAACUAGCUAACAACAGACAUAAAGACCUAGCUAGCCAGUAACUAGCUAACAACAGACAUAAAGACCUAGCUAGCCAGUAACUAGGUAACACCAGACAAAGACCUAGCUAGCCAGUAACUAGGUAACACCAGACAUAAAGCCCUAGCUAGCCAGUAACUAGCUAACAACAGACAUAAAGCCCUAGCUAGCCAGUAACUAGCUAACACCAGACAUAAAGCCCUAGCUAGCCAGUAACUAGCUAACAACAGACAUAAAGCCCUAGCUAGCCAGUAACUAGCUAACACCAGACAUAAAGCCCUAGCUAGCCAGUAACUAGCUAGCCAGUAACUAGCUAGCCAGUAACUAGCUAACAACAGACAUAAAGACCUAGCUAGCCAGUAACUAGCUAACACCAGACAUAAAGCCCUAGCUAGCCAGUAACUAGCUAACAACAGACAUAAAGCCCUAGCUAGCCAGUAACUAGCUAGCCAGUAACUAGCUAACAACAGACAUAAAGCCCUAGCUAGCCAGUAACUAGCUAACAACAGACAUAAAGCCCUAGCUAGCCAGUAACUAGCUAGCCAGUAACUAGCUAACAACAGACAUAAAGACCUAGCUAGCCAGUAACUAGCUAACAACAGACAUAAAGACCUAGCUAGCCAGUAACUAGCUAACAACAGACAUAAAGACCUAGCUAGCCAGUAACUAGGUAACACCAGACAAAGACCUAGCUAGCCAGUAACUAGGUAACACCAGACAUAAAGCCCUAGCUAGCCAGUAACUAGCUAACAACAGACAUAAAGCCCUAGCUAGCCAGUAACUAGCUAACACCAGACAUAAAGCCCUAGCUAGCCAGUAACUAGCUAACAACAGACAUAAAGCCCUAGCUAGCCAGUAACUAGCUAACACCAGACAUAAAGCCCUAGCUAGCCAGUAACUAGCUAGCCAGUAACUAGCUAGCCAGUAACUAGCUAACAACAGACAUAAAGACCUAGCUAGCCAGUAACUAGCUAACACCAGACAUAAAGCCCUAGCUAGCCAGUAACUAGCUAACAACAGACAUAAAGCCCUAGCUAGCCAGUAACUAGCUAGCCAGUAACUAGCUAACAACAGACAUAAAGCCCUAGCUAGCCAGUAACUAGCUAACAACAGACAUAAAGCCCUAGCUAGCCAGUAACUAGCUAACAACAGACAUAAAGCCCUAGCUAGCCAGUAACUAGCUAACAACAGACAUAAAGACCUAGCUAGCCAGUAACUAGCUAACACCAGACAUAAAGACCUAGCUAGCCAGUAACUAGCUAACACCAGACAUAAAGACCUAGCUAGCCAGUAACUAGCUAACAACAGACAUAAAGACCUAGCUAGCCAGUAACUAGGUAAAACCAGACAGACCUAGCUAGCCAGUAACUAGGUAACAACAGACAUAAAGACCUAGCUAGCCAGUAACUAGCUAACAACAGACAUAAAGACCUAGCUAGCCAGUAACUAGGUAAAACCAGACAGACCUAGCUAGCCAGUAACUAGGUAACAACAGACAUAAAGACCUAGCUAGCCAGUAACUAGGUAACAACACACAUAAAGACCUAGCUAGCCAGUAACUAGCUAACAACAGACACAGAUGAAAGUAUAAGUAUAUUUGCCAUAAAUGAAUAGGUUAAACAUUGUAUUAUAUAUGCUGACAUCCUACAGUCAAAUUGUGGCACCAGUAGAGUAGCUAUCUAGUUAUAUAAAGCACACCCCUCUGCAAACACAUCUUCUCCGAUGUGGUUGUUAUUUAAAUUAGUUACGAGAAUAUCACGUUACCAUUGGUGUAUUAAAAUGAGAGUUAACCUGUGAUGUCACCUUAAUAAUGAAUCCAAGUGUUUGACCCCGGGGACCAGAGACUUUAGGAUCAAACGUGUA